CUUAGACCACUCUUAUGUCGUCGUCGCUCAUUUCCACCUCGCUGCGCCAGGCGGUCCGACCCGCGCUGCGUCAGCGGGUCCGUCUCAACUCGUCGCAGGCCGCCCCGGAGCAGAAGGCUCAGGAAGCUGUCAAGAACGCUCAGAAAAAUGCCAGCCAGGCGCUCGACUCGGCCAUGAAGACCCUGGGGCCGGCUGCGGCGAAGGCGGAGGCAUUCGCUACUUCUACGCUGCAACGACUGGGCCCCGCCGGCAAAAAGGCAGCGGACUUCAUCGGACGUGAGCAUCCUCGGCCGGCCGACAUCAUCCUUCUUCUACCCCCUCUCAUCGCACGCACAGCUGCCCGGACUUCCUUCACCUACAACUUUGCCGUCUUCCGCGAAAUUGUGAAGCAGGUGUACCGCGCCGAGCUGACACCACCAAAAGACCUCGCCACCGUCCGUGCCGCGUACGAGACGUUGUACAAGCGCGCCAUCGACCCCACGUACUGGCGCGGAAUCAUCCAGAGCGGAGAAAUCGCGCGGGUGGGUUUGUACGCUGCCGAGGCGUACGGUAUCUACAAGGUGCAUUGGCGAAAUCAUCGGACGCAGGCAGAUUGUUGGGUACCCCUUACACUAGAUCCCCUGAGUCGUGAAUCACAUAGAGUUGUCUACGACCCUGGUGUGAUGCCCUCAAGUGUCUUCGUCUAUGCUUAUCAUCAUAUGUAUGUUCUCUGUUCUUCAGGUUCCCUGCCUGUGGAACUUCUGCUAUCUGCAAGCGGCUCUGAAGUACGUUGGGUGUCUCUGACAUCCAUAUCUCUCGUCGGGCCUGCAGUAAUGCAAACGGCUUCUUGUUCUGUCCUUGGACUGCUGGCAACUUUUUUGAGCUGGGGGAAGCGACUCCAUCUUCCUAGGCCAGAGUUUCGCACACAAGCCGAAGUCCUUUGAUUGAACGUGCAUUGAUACUACGGAAUUUCUCUCAAGAAACGGGCGAUGAUAACGGUGUGAGAACAUGUACACAGCAAGAUCCCUCUUCAUAUCGUCAGCGAA